AUGGACGCACUUUUCAUCAUUCAGAGGAAGGUGCCAGUCCAACGACCACUGCUUGGCAGCGUCUACAUCCACUUGGAGGGCACUGACAUUGGAACUCCAGGAGUUCAAUUCGCGACGGUGCUCCAGGGGAAUGAGAUCGAGCAUCGGGAGAUGCGUUUCGUAGUCCAUGAAUUUGAGGCCAGCAAAACUUCUCGUGGCGCCUCGCUGGGUACGCUCAAUGAGGGUGACGUCUUUCAUAACUUGGCUGGCGUGUUCUCCCUGCGAGUAUUACGGGGGAAGGUUCUUCAGAUCAUCCGUGAAGUGACGAAUGCUUAUUGGGCCGAUUUCUCAUGGUAUAAUGAGAUGGACAAGUUUGAGGAGACCCAGAUACCCAAAUCCUUUUCGGCCUCUAUCAUCAUGAUGUUUUCUGGUCAUUUUUCGCCCUGCAUAAAGAAGUCGUUCGCUGAGUCUUCUCCAAAUGACAUAUGA